AUGGUGCGGCUGGCGGCCGAGCUGCUGCUGCUGCUGGGGCUCCUCCUGCUCACCUUGCACAUCACCGUGCUGCGCGGCGGCGGCGAGCCCCACGCCCCCACGGGCGCCGGCAACCACAGCCAGCGGCAGCUGCAGACCCAGCUGAAUAUUGGUGAUGACCGUUCUCCUGAAGACAGCUUCACCCUGAACCCUGAGGACAGAAGAGAAUACCCUGAUCUCCAGGCUGCCCACCGGCCGUUCCCUAAGCAGCGAUUCAGGCAGGAAAAUGGGCAUACGUCCUUGCAAAGAGAUGGACCCAGAUCUUUCCUCCUGGAUCUCCCAAACUUCCCUGACCUGUCAAAAGCAGAUAUCAAUGGGCAGAAUCCCAAUAUUCAGGUUACCAUUGAAGUGGUGGAUGGCCCCGACACCGAGACAGACAAGGAUCUGCAGAAAGAGAGCAGCAAGCCUAGUUGGCUAGUCCCAUCACCUGACUGGAGAAACUGGUGGCAGAGGUCCUCCACCUUGACUCGCAUGAGCAGCGGUGACCAGGACUACAAGUAUGACAGCACUACUGAGGACAGCAACUUCCUAAACCCUCUCGGUGGGUGGGAUAGUCAUGCACCCAGUCACCGGACAUUUGAGUCCAAGGAGCAGCCAGAGUAUGAUUACAUUGAUGGUGAGGGAGACUGGAGCCCGUGGUCCCUUUGUAGCGUCACCUGCGGGAGUGGCAAUCAGAAGCGGACGAGGUCCUGUGGGUACGCCUGCACUGCCACCGAGUCACGGACCUGCGACAGGCCCAACUGCCCAGGGAUCGAAGAUACCUUCCGGACAGCUGCCACAGAAGUGAGCUUACUUGCAGGAAGUGAAGACUUUAAUGCUACCAAACUGUUUGAAGUUGAUACUGACAGCUGUGAAAGAUGGAUGAGCUGCAAAAGUGAGUUCUUGAAGAAAUAUAUGCACAAAGUGGUCAACGAUCUUCCUAGCUGCCCAUGCUCCUACCCCAGAGAAGUCGCAUACAGCACUGCUGAUAUCCAUGAUCGAAUUAAGAGGAAGAACUUUCGCUGGAAAGAUGCAAGUGGUCCAAAGGAAAAACUGGAGAUCUAUAAGCCCACUGCACGAUACUGCAUCCGCUCCAUGCUUUCUUUGGAAAGCACAACGCUUGCAGCACAGCACUGCUGCUAUAAUGAUAAUAUGCAGCUGAUUACCAGAGGGAAAGGAGCAGGUACACCAAACCUGAUCAGCAUUGAAUUCUCAGCAGAACUCCAUUACAAAGUGGACAUUCUGCCUUGGAUUAUAUGCAAAGGUGACUGGAGCCGAUACAAUGAAGCACGACCUCCAAACAAUGGGCAGAAGUGUACAGAAAACCCUUCAGACGAAGACUACUACAAGCAGUUUCAAGAAGCAAGGGAAUACUGAGAUUUUCCUCCUCUUCAGACACAAAAUAGCAUUCAUUUCCUGGAUGCCAAAGAACUGAUAAAGGCUGCUGCAUUGUCUCCUUCACAGGGGUUGAUCACUUUCUUUCUAAUGAAUGUAUAUAGUUGUAAUAUAAUACUUAAGUAUUUUU